GACUUCAUUAGUUAAUUUUUUGAGAAACGAGCUUGGCAAAAAAAAUUUAAACUGCACUUUCGCAGUCUGCUUUGAUGAUCAACAAGUUUACCUCUACGAAAAUGCAUAUUAGCAGAGAGCAACAGUACGCAAAAGGAAACUCCCUGAAUUCUAAAGGCAGCAUCCUUAUUUACCCGCAUCCCAUACUCCUGUAUGCCCUGAGGCAAUAACUCUCGCAUUGAAAAAAGAAAAAAAGAAACACGAAGAGGGAACUAGGGCAAUCUAGGGAAUCUUUGCCGGAUUUAGGGGAAAACUGGCCUUAGAUAUUGGCAGCACUCAUUAGGCGCCGCCGCCAACGCAGGCUGAUAGCCGGCGGCACAACAAUCGAACCGAGCGCACUGUCACGCGACUCCCCGUUCUAUCUCUCGCGACACUGCGGACGACGAUGGCGCAGCAACGACCUGACACGACGGACGGGUGGACGUACACGCUGACCGGGUUCGGCGAGUUCCUCGAGAUGCGUCGCGUCUCGUUCGCCGAACCGAUGCCGGCCGCCCGCCUCUGCGGCGUCUGCGGCCUGCUGCCUUCCCUCACUCUGGUGCUUCCGUGCGGCCACGUCUUCUGCGAGUCGUGCAAGUCGCAGAUCGAACGCGCGGACAGCUGCCCCUUCGACGGGAGGAAGUUCGCCGACUCCGACGUUCACUCGAUGAGCAUCGAGCGCAGUGACCUCGAGCAAUGCCGCAUUGUGUGUGCGGCCGGAUCCCGGGUUUGCGGCUUCGUCGGCAAACUGUCCGAGCUCGGAGAUCACCUGACCAGGUGCGGUGGUGGAGAGACCAGGUGCGGCAAGUGCCAGAGACCUGUGUUUCGCAGCCUCGUCGUGGAUCACUAUCGAAGGUGCACCGUAGGUACGCUGGUUGCCGCGAAUGCCGAAGCUGACGCCAAGGGACUCGGAGAUGUUGGCAAGACGGACGUGGAAACCCCGCGGGCGUUGAUGCUGGGCAAAGGCGUCGACCUGGAAGCCGUGUUCAGCUGCUUCACCAACGCUUUGGCCGAGAAGGUGACCAGCCUCGAACGCCAGUUGCAUGAAGUGCAAAAGAAGUCCACCAGCGACGAACAGUCAUCGCUUGAAGCUGCGAAAGAGGCGACGGUAAUUCAGGGACCGUACCGCGCUGCUUCCAGAGCUGGCGUUUUGAUCACCACGUGCAAGUUCGCCAACGUUUACGCCGGACUGGACUCGCUCAACAAGAAGAAAAAGGAACUCAGGAAGCCGACCGAUACGUAUUCGCUAGGAGGUUACACCUUCAAUCUCGACUGCAAGUUCUCCAAGGAUGAGAACGAGAUGAAUGUGUGUUUCGCUCUUUUUUUGCGCCAAGGUGAAUGGGACGGUUACGUGGAGUGGCCUUUCAAAAAGAAGGUGACCCUGAUCAUCAUGCACCCCAGGAAUGCGGGAAAAGAUGUCCGCUUGCCGGUAACCAUGGAUGAACUCGACAUGGUGAAGAGACCUCACGCCGGCGGUUCAAGCUGGGGCCGUUGGACGGAUCAGAAGAAGUGGAAGGACAUUGAACUGCAUGGGUAUGUCGAGAAAGGGGCCCUCUAUGUAAAUGUCGAGUUGGAGGAAAUCGGGAAGCCACCUUUAUGAGCUUGUUUUUACGGCAGCACCUUCAAAGCACCCAGGAGGAAGGAAUAUGUGUGUAACUCAGCCAUGUUUCGUUUUUAACGGCACCUCGCACCACCUGAAACGAAAGCGGUGCAUCUGAAGAGGCCGUUUCCUCGAGUUCGUACAAACCACGAAGUUGCGUUGUUAUUGCUGUUUUCUCUGUAAGAACAGUCGAAAUAAUUAUCACCUUUAAAACCGGCAUUUUGGCUUGUGUCUACCUUAGUAAUAAAGUCAUAUUUGCUUUAAGAAA